AUGUGCGACGGUGGAAUCGUCGGCAUCCAAGCGAGCGAUGUGUGCUGCUCCGCCAGCUGCGGGUCUUGCGGAGGUUCUGGGUGCUCCGGCAGGGACGGUGGCUCAGACGCCUGCUGCGGUGGCGGAGUGAGGGCCUCGGGCCGCUUCUGUUCUGUAACGGGAGAGGCGCCUUGCAUGACCGGCCCUGCCCCUACUCCGGAACCUACGCCGGCCCCUACGCCGCCUCCUACUGUUGAAGUUCCGAUGUGCGACGGUGGAAUCGUCGGCAUCCAAGCGAGCGAUGUGUGCUGCUCCGCCAGCUGCGGGUCUUGCGGAGGUUCUGGGUGCUCCGGCAGGGACGGGACGGUGGCGCAGACGCCUGCUGCGGUGGCGGAGUGAGGGCCUCUGGCCGCCUCUGUUCUGUGACGGGAGAGGCGCCUUGCUUGCUGUAACAGAACGUCGUUCAUCCAUCGCGACGUCCCUUUGAUGCACGACUUGACCUCACUCAUGUAAUGUUCGAAACAGGCAUACGCAGUUAAGUUUCAAGGUUGGGGAAGCACGUUGGGACACCCCAACCAUUCUCUGGAUGGAAAAGUCUCAAUCCCCCCCCGGCGUACAAUCCUAGGGUAGCGAAAAGCAGUAAGGUUGCCCAACCAUUCCGGAACUUGUGGACAUUUCAUAGGGCAGUUAUCGAGGAGGGUGUUGAUGUUGGUCAAAGGUAAAUAUUUUAUUGUAGGGCUUCGCACGAAAUGUCGCAGCAUGUCGGUGAUACAAAGACUGCAGUUGUGCAGUCUUAUGAUUUGCCUUCGAUGCUCGGGUCGAAAAGGAGGAUGGUUAGGGUUUGGGUAAGGGUCUCCUGUGCUGUCGUUCGACACAAAACCCCAACCAAAAGAUGUUACAGAGGGCGGAUGAUGAGUUAUCAACGUUGUGCUGACUACCUUCUGUGUAUGCGACACGGCGGCAGUCGUAUUUGUGCUGAAGAUUUUUUCUCAUUUGCUAGGUCGAAACGUUGUGACGCUAGGUGAACCGUGGUUCCGUCGAUACGUUUGUGCUUGAAUGGGGCAGCCCUCAUCUUCUAAAUUGCUUUUAAUCUGACCCACAAAUUUAUACCAUUAUUAUAUCUUUCCCCCCGUGGAAAAUUGGGUAACCGGCAUCAAAGCUGACCUGCACAAUCUCAGGUAGGUCAAAAUUAGGGGAAUGCACGGAGCGUUUUCUCUCAUGGACCAUGUGGAGGAAACAGCUGGGUCGCUUCUACUCUGAUAUAUGAGAAAACGACACGACAGCGUAUAUCCUGGUCGAAUAGCGACACACGUAUAUUGGGAUAACAGUUGUAAAUGCACUCAUAUAUCAUUGGUCAGCGCCCAAACCCCGGUGCGUCGGGAAAGGCGCAGAAUAUACCCCGCCUUGAUUACUUUCUUAAUUACUGUACGUUGUGUUCGGAAAUAUGUACCCUGACCUGUUGAAAAAUUAGGCCCUUUCGUUUAUCAUUUCCCCCGCACGAAUCUC